AUGGUUAUAUUUCCACGGAUCGGUCGGUCGCACGCGGGCGAUACGGGGGAGUGUAGGGAGUGGGGAGUGCGACGAGGAGGCGCGGCGGCGGAGACGCACUCACCCGCUCGCCCGCGCCGGGGCCGGGCGCCCGCCGCGCGCCGCACCUACCGCAAAGCCAGGCUUAGCGCGCACGCCCCGCCCGCCUGCUACCCCCUCCUAACCACUAUACACAAUCACAUACAUUCCUCUCGCUACGAAUUAGUUUGUACUAUAGUUUCAAUAUUGAAAUACCUAGUUUUA